CUUCCCGUGUUUUCAUUUGAGUCCAGUCGGUGGUAUUUUGGUGAGGGACCUCCCACGCUGAACUCCACUUCCGGUCGGCGUUUUUUUUGUUUUGUUUUUUUAAAAGAUGGCCUCACGCGCUCAGGAGGUGUCUCUGCUCGGGCUGUGUGACGGAGAGAUCGACUCCAAGAAGCACCGGUGCUCCUAUCUGACCAACAAAGUAGGGGGUCGGCCGGACUGGCCGCCGGGCAUCGCUGCCCGGUCACCGCGAUGCGGCCGCUGCAGAAUCCCGCUAGUCCACGUGGUGCAGGUGUACUGCCCCGUGGACACGUCUCCGCACCACAGGAACCUCCACGUCUUCGCGUGCCCGGGAGCUGAGUGCAGCGGUCGGUCAGAGUGCUGGGCGGUGCUCCGCUCACAGUGCCUGGAGGCAGAGGUGCGGACACCCGGGCCGCCUGCACCGGCUCAGGAGGCUCCUAUGCGGGUCACUGACUGGUGUGACACCGCUGACGACUGGGGGAUGGGGGGAGAGGAAGAUAAUGAUGGAUGGGGAGGAGGUGCGAAGCAGAACACACCUGUGAAGGAGGAGACAGGAGCUGCAGAGGCAGCAGGUGGUGAGACGGACGUCAGCAGCCGUCUUUGUGACCUCAGUCUGGGGGACUCCCAGGAGGACGUGACCGCCUUCUGUCCAUUCUUCAUCAGCGUGGUGGAGGAGACGGAUGUGUGCGGGGAGGACGGCGACCUGGAGCACGCUCAGGAGCUGCUGAGGGAGUACGAGAGGCGGGAGGGCGUGGCAGUGGGGGAGUUAGAGGGAAGCGGAGGAGGCGGGGACGAGAAGUAUGAGAAGACCGGAGCCCGACACGGAGACGCCGUCUUCUCCAGGUUCAUGAAGACGAUCUCUGUGUGUCCGCAGCAGAUCCUGCGCUACUGCCGCGGCGGGAAGCCGCUCUUCAUCUCCGAGCCGCCGUCCAACGUGGCGCAGCUGGUGCCAGCGUGUGGCUCCUGCGGAGGAUCCCGGACAUUCGAGCUGCAGCUCAUGCCCGCGCUGGUAAGCCUGCUGCAGGGGGAGCGCGGCGGUGCAGGGGUGGAGCUGGAAUUUGGGACGGUGCUAGUCUACACCUGCGCCGACAGCUGCUGGACAUCCAGGUCGGACUCGGCCGUGGAGGAAUUCUGCUUCGUUCAAACCGACCCAGACCAGCAGCUCUUUGUGUGA